AUGGACCAGGUCAUCAGUUUAUUGUCCUCCUCUCCCGCAGUACCGCCUAAGAAAUCUGGGGAUGGAGCCCUGGGAGCUAGCUUCGAUAUUUUUGAAAGUCCUCACAACCCAGUGUUAGACAAACCAGACAACUCACUGUUUGAAUACGGUGAUUUCAUCGACAGUUCCGUAACGAAGAAGAGGAAGUUAAGCCCUUCCGUGGAUCGGACACUCUAUGCUGCAGAUCAUGUUACGCCUCACAAGUCCCCUGGCUUCAUUCUCUCAGAUAUAACGGACUUCAACAGUGUGGGAAAUACCCCCAGGAUUCUUCCAAGCAAGUCAAAAGACACAGUCAACAAGACAUCAACAUAUAAUUCCUGGGACCUCACAUUUGAUGACCCUAUCUUCAGCUCGUCCUCCGCGCCUAAAAGCCACACUCGGGAGGGCGUCACCAAACAGCCAGUAACAAUCGUUAUUGAUGAUGAUGACGACGGUGACAAUGAUAGGCUUCUGGACAUUACACCCUCAGAUGAUAUUGUUAUCAACGAUGAUGAUGAUGACUUUUUUGAAUUUAGCGUGCCACAGGCUUCAAAAGUUGUUAUCUCAGAGAAGACAUCACGACUUCUUGAGCAGAUCAAACGCGAUACGGCCUCCAAGGCAAAUCCUAGCAAAAAGAAGAGAAAGCAGCAGCAUGAUAUCGAUACUUUAUCAGAGGACGACGUGUUGCCUUCUUUAAAACUACGGGCUGCAAGACGAGGAACAGGCAGCCAAACAGCUAGUAGAAAUGCGGAGAAAGCUGCCAAAGCGCUCGAUCGAGAGGCGGCAAAAGCUCGCCGAGAAAAGGAAAAAGAGGAGCAAAAAGAGGAGAAAAGAAUGCAGAAGGAGGAGAGAGAGAAACAGAAGCGUAUGGCUGCUGAUAUCGCGGAAGUGAACAAGUCUAAAGUGGAUAAAGCGGUAUCGGUCGGGGAGAUGAUUGUUGAUAUGUCCUCAACUUUCCAGGACUCCAGCAUCGGUACCCAGGUCGAAGAACACAUGCGCCAGCUGGGCGUGGAGAUGCAUUUCAUAUCCGCUAGAAUUCCUCAUAUGGUAUCGUGGCGACGAAAGGUCACUGCACGAUUCAAUGAGGCAGGGCAUUGGGAACCGUGUGCACCAACUGUUAAACCCGAGGACUAUAUUCUAUGUUUCUUAACAGGGGAUGAGUUUGCGGAUAUGGCUAUUGCACCCCAGGGCAAUAAUACGGUGAAGGCUUAUUUUCAGAAGAUAAGCGGAGCAUAUCCAAACUGCAAACAGAUCUAUCUCAUCGAAGGUCUGUUUGCCUGUAUUAGAAAGGAGAAGAAUUCCCGCAACCGCUCAUACCAGGCUGCUAUUCUUCAGCAAAUAGAUAACGAUCAACACAACACAGCUGGAGAACCUGUGUCCCAGCCAAAGCGAAAAAGAGCAACAAGGAGGAUACCAGGCCCUGCACCUCAGGUGGAUGAAGACGCAAUUGAAGAUGCACUACUUCAACUCCAGGUGCAACAUUCGUGUCUAGUCCACCAUACUACCACUCCUGGUGAAAGUGCGGCAUGGAUAAAGAUAUUCACCGAACAUAUAUCAACAAUUCCCUACCGACGGGAACUCAUGAAAAGUCAUGAUGCGUCAUUCUGCAUGGACGUCGGACAGGUCAGAUCUGGGGGGGAUGCAAGUGAUGCUUAUAUUCGAAUGUUGCAGGAAGUGAGCCGCAUCACAGCACCAAUAGCCUACGGUGUUGCUACGCAGUAUCCAACUGUUGGCCGACUAGUCAAUGCAUUUGACAAUGGGGAUCAUCUCCUUCUUGAAGAUGUUAAGAAGUGCGCAAAUAAAAAGGGCACUUUGACCGAUGCACGAAUUGGCCCAGCUAUCAGUCGACGAUUAUAUCAUAUUUUUACCAGCCUAGACCCGGCGUCUGCAGACAUUUGGUUGAUGGAGGGAGGCAACUUCAUGGUAUUAUUCAGGUCCACUUAUACCCCAUUUGGCUUUGGAUCAGGUUUGGAAGUCCUUCUUGCUUAUCUUUGUUACGCUCCGCUACAUAUGAAUAGAGAAUCGUUCUACUUGGAGCCCAUUUGGUUUGGUAUAUUAUUCUUUGGAGAAAUAGGUGCAUUCAUUAAUAUUUCAAGUGUUGACCGAAAACUCUGUGCCACAUAUAUGCCCAGCUAUGCAGAGACGCCGCGAUUAAAAAAGGAAAAAGAAAAAGAACUAUAUACAAGCGACAGUCCACAUGGUUACGGCGAUCAAAACACCGAAUACGCUGCCCACAGCCCAGUAGCCAUAGCACUUCCAGCCAAAACACUGUCCAUUAGCACCGACAUUAGCGUCGUACUCGGCAGAAUAGAUGGCUCCCGAGACACCGGCCCCCGGCGCCUGAAUCAUCGAGACGAUGGCCCAAUUGGUGCCAAAAUUCUCUACUCCCCAGACGACGGAGACGACGAUUGGCACGAGAGAGAAGCAGGCGCCGUAGCCGAACCCGAUGAAGGUGGUGGUUGCAUGUAG